CGAGGGCAGAAGAGGAUCCCUAGCGGCCCCCGCACGCUUCCCCGUGGACCCAGUUCAUUUCCGCGGAGUUGGUUUCCCUUCCUGCUGGGUGCGGGAUGUCAGAUGGCUGAGAGCUAGCAAGGAAAAUUCAAGACCAUGAUGGCUCAAUUUCCCACAGCUUUGAAUGGAGGGCCAAACAUGUGGGCUAUUACCUCUGAAGAACGGACUAAGCAUGACAAGCAGUUUGAUAACCUCAAACCUUCAGGCGGGUACAUAACAGGUGAUCAAGCACGUACCUUUUUCUUACAAUCAGGCCUGCCAGCUCCUGUUUUAGCUGAAAUAUGGGCUUUAUCAGACCUGAACAAGGAUGGGAAAAUGGAUCAGCAGGAGUUCUCCAUAGCUAUGAAACUCAUCAAGCUAAAGCUUCAAGGUCAACCGUUGCCCGUGGUUCUCCCUCCUGUGAUGAAGCAGCCCCCUAUGUUCUCCCCCUUAAUUUCUGCUCGUUUUGGAAUGGGAAGCAUGCCCAAUCUGUCUGUUCCUCAGUCAUUGCCUCCAGUGGCACCAAUAACACCCUUGUCCUCUGCGACUUCAGGGACCACUCUUCCUCCUCUGAUGAUGCCUUCUGUUAGCACAUCAUCAUUACCAAAUGGAACCGCCAGUCUCAUCCAGCCUUUAACCAUUCCUUAUUCUUCUUCAACAUUGCCUCAUACGUCAUCUUACAGUCUGAUGAUGGGAGGAUUUGGUGGUGCUAGUAUACAGAAGGCUCAGUCCCUGAUUGAUUUAGGAUCUAGCAGUUCAACUUCCUCAACCGCUUCACUCUCGGGGAACUCGCCCAAGACUGGAACCUCAGAAUGGGCAGUUCCUCAGCCUUCAAGAUUAAAAUAUCGGCAAAAAUUUAAUAGUCUCGACAAAAGCAUGAGUGGUUAUCUCUCAGGUUUUCAAGCUAGAAAUGCCCUUCUUCAGUCCAAUCUUUCUCAAACUCAGCUAGCUACUAUUUGGACUCUGGCUGACAUUGAUGGUGAUGGGCAGCUAAAAGCUGAAGAGUUCAUCCUCGCGAUGCACCUCACUGACAUGGCCAAAGCUGGACAGCCUCUGCCGCUGACCUUACCUCCUGAGCUUGUACCUCCCUCUUUUAGAGGAGGAAAGCAAGUUGAUUCCGUUAAUGGAACUCUGCCUUCUUAUCAGAAAAUGCAAGAAGAGGAGCCGCAAAAAAAAUUACCAGUUACUUUUGAGGACAAGUGGAAAGCCAACUAUGAGCGGGGAAACAUGGAGCUGGAAAAGCGCCGCCAGGCCUUGCUGGAGCAGCAGCAGAGGGAGGCAGAGCGCAAAGCCCAGAAGGAAAAGGAGGAGUGGGAGCGCAGACAGAGAGAACUGCAAGAACAAGAGUGGAAGAAGCAGGCCGACUUAGAGAAGCGCCUGGAGAGACAGCGGGAGCUGGAGCGACUACGCGAAGAAGAAAGGAGAAAAGAAAUAGAGCGGCGAGAGGCAGCAAAACAAGAACUUGAACGGCAGCGCCGUUUAGAAUGGGAGAGAAUUCGUCGACAGGAACUUCUCAACCAAAGAAAUAGAGAACAGGAAGAAAUUGUCAGGUUAAACUCUAAAAAGAAGAGUCUUCACCUUGAGUUGGAAGCACUGAAUGGCAAACAUCAACAGCUCUCAGGCCGACUUCAGGAUGUUGGACUCAGAAAACAAACGCAAAAGGCUGAGCUGGCAGUUUUAGAUAAACAGUGUGAUCUGAACAUUAUGGAAAUCAAGCAACUCCAACAAGAAUUGCAGGAUUAUCAAAAUAAGCUGAUCUAUUUGGUACCUGAGAAGCAAUUAUUAAAUGAAAGAAUUAAAAACAUGCAACUUGGUAACACUCCUGAGUCAGCGAUCAGUUUACUUCAGAAGAAAUCAUUAGAAAAGGAAGAAUUAUGCCAAAGACUUAAAGAACAAUUAGAUGCUCUUGAAAAAGAAACUGCAUCUAAACUAUCCGAAAUGGACUCAUUUAACAAUCAACUAAAGUGUGGCAGUAUGGAUGACUCUGUUCUUCAGUGCCUUUUGUCUCUGCUAAGCUGUCUCAACAACCUCUUCCUCUUACUUAAGGAACUGAGAGAAAGAUAUAAUACGCAGCAGUUAGCCCUUGAACAACUUCAUAAGAUCAAACAUGACAAACUGAAGGAAAUUGAAAGAAAAAGAUUAGAGGCGAUACAGAAAAAGAAACUAGAAGAUGCUGCUGCAAGGAAAGCAAAGCAAGGAAAAGAAAGCAUAUGGAAAGAAAAUCUUAGAAAAGAGGAAGAAGAAAAACAAAAGCGACUCCAGGAAGAAAAAAUGCAAGAGAAGCCCCAAGUGAAGGAGCAGAAAGCUGAGGAGAAACAGUGUGCAGCAGCUGCUGCUUUGGUGAAUUACAGAGCACUGUACUCCUUUGAAGCAAGGAACCACGACGAGAUGAGUUUUAACUCUGGAGAUAUUAUACAGGUUGAUGAAAAAACGAUAGGAGAGCCUGGUUGGCUCUAUGGUAGUUUUCAAGGAAGUUUUGGGUGGUUUCCGUGCAACUAUGUAGAAAAAAUAGCAAGUGGAAAAACUUUGUCCCCCAAGAAGGCCUUACUUCCUCCUGCAGUCUCUUUACCUGCUACCUCAACUCCCUCUGAACCACUUGCUUCAAAUCAACCAACAUCGAUGACUGAUUAUCAAAAUGUGUCUUUUUCCAACCUAACUGUUAAUACAUCAUGGCAGAAAAAAUCCGCUUUUACCCGCACUGUGUCCCCUGGGUCUGUUUCACCUAUUCAUGGACAGGGACAGGCUGUAGAAAACUUAAAAGCACAGGCGCUUUGCUCUUGGACUGCAAAGAAGGAUAACCACUUGAACUUCUCAAAGCAUGAUGUCAUUACUGUCUUGGAGCAGCAAGAAAAUUGGUGGUUCGGAGAGGUCCAUGGUGGAAGAGGAUGGUUUCCGAAAUCUUAUGUCAAGAUUAUCCCUGGGAGUGAAGUCAAGAUUGAAGAACCAGAAGCUGUGUAUGCAAGUAUAAACAAGAAACCUACCUCUGCUGCCUGUACCGGUGGAGAAGAGUAUAUUGCACUUUAUCCAUAUUCAAGUGUAGAACCUGGAGAUUUGACUUUCACCGAAGGUGAAGAAAUACUGGUAACACAGAAAGAUGGAGAAUGGUGGACAGGAAGUAUUGGAGACAGAACUGGAAUUUUUCCAUCAAACUAUGUCAAACCAAAAGAUCAAGAGAGUUUUGGAAGUGCUGGCAAAUCUGGACCAUCAAACAAAAAGCCUGAGAUCGCCCAAGUCACUUCAACAUAUGUGGCUUCUGGUUCUGAGCAACUUAGCCUUGCCCCGGGGCAGCUAAUAUUAAUUCUAAAGAAAAAUACAAGUGGAUGGUGGCAGGGCGAGUUACAGGCCAGAGGAAAAAAGCGGCAGAAGGGAUGGUUUCCUGCCAGCCAUGUUAAACUUCUGGGUCCCAGCACUGAAAGAGACACACCUGCGUUUCAUCCUGUGUGUCAAGUGAUCGCCAUGUAUGACUAUGUGGCAAAUAACGAAGAUGAGCUGAAUUUCUCCAAGGGACAACUUAUUAAUGUUCUGAACAAAGAUGAUCCUGACUGGUGGCAGGGAGAAACCAACGGGGUGACCGGCCUCUUUCCUUCAAAUUAUGUUAAGAUGACGACAGACUCGGAUCCAAGCCAGCAGUGGUGUGCUGAUCUCCAAACCCUGGACACCAUGCAGCCCACUGAGAGGAAAAGGCAGGGCUACAUCCAUGAGCUGAUCCAGACCGAGGAGCGCUACAUGGAUGACCUGCAGCUCGUGCUAGAGGUUUUUCAGAAACGGAUGGCCGAGUCAGGCUUUCUGACUGAAGGGGAAAUGGCCUUGAUCUUUGUUAACUGGAAAGAGCUCAUCAUGUCCAACACCAAGCUGCUGAAGGCCCUGCGGGUUCGGAAGAAGACAGGGGGUGAGAAGAUGCCGGUGCAGAUGAUCGGGGACAUCCUGGCGGCUGAGCUCGCCCACCUGCAGGCGUACAUACGCUUCUGUAGCUGUCAGCUGAACGGGGCUGCCUUGGUCCAGCAGAAGACUGACGAAGACUCGGACUUCAAGGAGUUUUUAAAGAAGCUGGCAUCUGACCCUCGAUGUAAAGGGAUGCCCCUGUCCAGCUUCCUGCUGAAGCCCAUGCAGAGGAUCACCCGCUACCCUCUCCUCAUCAGAAGCAUUCUGGAGAACACCCCGGAGAGCCACGUGGACCACUCCUCCCUGAAGCUGGCCCUAGAGCGCGCCGAGGAGCUCUGCUCCCAAGUGAACGAGGGCGUGCGGGAGAAGGAGAACUCGGACCGGCUGGAGUGGAUCCAGGCGCACGUGCAGUGUGAAGGCCUGGCCGAGCAACUUAUUUUCAACUCGCUCACCAACUGCCUGGGGCCCCGGAAGCUGCUGCACAGCGGGAAGCUGUACAAGACCAAGAGCAACAAGGAGCUGCACGCCUUCCUCUUCAAUGACUUCCUGCUCCUCACCUACAUGGUCAAGCAGUUUGCCGUGUCCGCGGGCUCUGAGAAGCUGUUCAGCUCCAAGUCCAACGCUCAGUUCAAAAUGUAUAAGACGCCCAUUUUCCUGAAUGAAGUCUUGGUGAAACUACCCACGGACCCUUCCAGCGAUGAGCCUGUCUUCCACAUUUCCCACAUUGAUCGUGUCUACACCCUCCGCACAGACAACAUUAACGAGAGGACGGCCUGGGUCCAGAAGAUCAAAGCCGCCUCUGAGCAGUACAUCGACACCGAAAAGAGGAAACGAGAGAAGGCCUACCAAGCCCGCUCUCAAAAGACUUCCGGCAUCGGGCGUCUGAUGGUGCAUGUCAUUGAAGCCACAGAAUUAAAAGCCUGUAAACCAAAUGGGAAGAGUAAUCCGUACUGCGAAGUCAGCAUGGGCCCCCAGAGCUACACCACCAGAACCCUCCAGGACACCCUGAACCCCAAGUGGAAUUUUAACUGCCAGUUCUUCAUUAAAGACCUCUACCAGGACGUGCUGUGCCUCACCAUGUUUGACAGAGACCAGUUUUCUCCAGAUGAUUUCCUGGGUCGCACUGAAGUCCCUGUGGCAAAAAUUCGGACUGAGCAGGAAAGCAAAGGCCCCACCACCCGCCGCCUGCUGCUGCACGAGGUCCCCACGGGGGAGGUCUGGGUCCGCUUGGACCUGCAGCUCUUUGAGCCAAGAACUGCCCCCUAGGGGUUUGGGGGGACCCCAGGAGGUUUUCCCACGCGGCUAGGCCGGAGGGAGCGGACUGUGCCCGCCCUGGGUUGAAGGGCCAUCGCUCGGAGUCAUCCUUCCCAAAGCCACGCACGCAGGGACCCUGCCCUUCACUGCGCACUAAAUCGCUAGCCACCUAUGCAACACGCCCUUUCCGGUACCGCAGCCAGUGCCUUGUUCCCGAGGGAGCUCGCUCUCCAGCCCGCCGCGAAGUCCCGCUUCCCGGGUUCAGGGCGAGACCAAGUAUUGCGUGGAAAGGAGGCCCCGGCGCCCCCGUGGGCUGAAUGUGGCCAGUGUGGAGUGUGUGGGUCACGGCCCCGCCACCCCAGGCCGGGUGACCGCCGCGGGGUCACGGCCACUCCGGAGCGCAAGUAAUUGGGAGGAAACGAGGAGCCCCGGCCGCUUGAGCCCCAGCCCUGCAAUGAAACGACGUCCACGCUGCACUGAAGAAACACGGAGACGUGAUCCCUUAUUCCUGAUGAGUUUCUCUCGCUCACUGCUGGGACAAUGUGGGCUGAAGUCUAAGGGAGAAAGUGUGAUUUGCUCUAAAUACUGUGAACUCUAAUUAGUGAUGGGGAAAAUACGUUUUCCGUUUUAAUUGUCUGAAGUAUAAAUUAUUUAUGUAAAUGCUCUGGUUUUGCGUAUUUCGUAGGAUGUGCGUCUUUAAGCUUUGUCGUUGCCAUAUGUACAGAAAGAGAAUUAAAAUAAUAAGUUUAUGAACGUAA